AUGCACGGAGUUGUGUGUUACAGCCAGAUCUUAAUUGUCCUGCUAACCCUGGCAACAUGGCACUCCAGCUUCUCUGCCAGUACGAGGCAAGCACUCAGCAACUCAAACAAUGAACUGUUGGGUUAUGAAGAAGACGUCGAAAGCAGCGCUAAUCCCUACGACCUCAGCCGCAACUACUACAGCCAAAACUUCAAAAACGAGCCCGAAUUCUCGUCUGAUUUGUUGAACUACCAGCAUGAAAAAGUAAAGGACAAGAGAAUCCAUGACCUGCUCAGAAUGGGAAAAAGAUUGGACAAGUUGAAGAUGGGCAGACGGAACAACCUGGAUCUCUUACGCAUGGGAUGA